AAGUUUGAAGCAUACUCAGCUGCACACAAGAUGUUCAAAGCAUUUCAACUUACUUACAGUUUGCCUCGAUGCGCUGCCCUCAGCCCAGCAUUAGUUCGAUAUGCAUCCACAGCCAAUGGCUUCAAGCCUUCCAUUAAGCUCCUUGCCAAACUUCGACAAGAAACCGAAGUAUCCAUGUCAAAAGCAAAAGAAGCCCUAGUUAAGGCUGAGAAUGACUAUGAAAAGGCUCUUGCUUGGCUUGAGGAGGAUGCCAAGGUUUCCGGUGCCAAGAAGGCGCAAAAGGUUGCUGGUAGAACUGCUGGUGAAGGCUUGAUUGCUAUCGCCACCGUCGAAGCUCCCGGUCGCGGUGAAGGAGGCGUUAAGAGCAGAAGCACGAUCAUCGAGCUGAACUGCGAAACAGAUUUUGUGUCUCGAAACGAUCUCUUCAAGAAUUUGGCCACUCAAAUUGCUUCAACCUCUCUCUUCGUUCCUGAUGUCUUCCAAAACCUCGACAAGUCAAGAUUCAUCCACCAUAUUCCUGUUGAAUCUUUCAUCAACAGCCCAAUUAUGCCUCAUCCUUCAUCAGCAUCUGCAGACGCCUAUGCCUUGUUCAAGACAGUCCAAGAAUCUAUCGUUGAGACUAUUGGCAAGCUUGGUGAAAACAUCACACUCCGCCGCGUUGCUGUUGUUGCCGACCCUGAAUCAGAAUUGCAACAAAUUCCCAAGCAGCACGACAGAACUAUCCUGGCUUCUGCAUACACUCACGGUGGUGACAGCACCACUGGCAAGAUCGGAGGUAUUGCUGUGCUUGGCCUUUCUGGCGGACCUGCCUCAUCGCCAGCUUUGUCUAAGCUGUCUCGCAACGUUGCUCGUCAAGUCGUAGGAUUUAAUCCUACAUUCCUCAACGAAUCACAAGCUGUCGUUCCAGAAGGAGCCGAUAAGAAGGAGUUUUUGGAAACGAAUGUCUUGACUCACCAAAACUAUAUGCUCGGUGGCGGUACGGUUGAAGAAGUCGUGGCCAAGACUGGCAAGGACGAAGGCGUAGACUGCGAGGUCAUUGACUAUGUCAGAUGGGAAGUCGGUGAAGGUAUCGAGAAGGCUGAACAGGAUUUCGCCGGUGAAGUCCUUCGCGCCGUCAAAGGCAACUAAUUAACAUCAAACUGGAUAGACUGCAAUAAUGUAUUUAGAAGAGAUUGCAACUUCUGCUGCACAUAACAUUAUAAUUUUUUUUUUCAUUUCAUAAAAUAACACCAUCAUCACAAUCGUAUUGGCUAUAUCAUUAAAAAAAUAUAUCGUAGUAACAGAUAGCAUUUCUAGGGUGUGAAUUUAUUG